GUCUUAAAAGGUGAAGUUGUUUAUUUAUUUAUUUAUUUUUUUUGUGUGCAGUUGUUUAUUAUUAUUUUCAAUAACAGAGGAAAUACCAAUACUUUUUCUCCAUUGUUGUGAGAGUUAAUUUUUUUAUCUUUCAUUCCUUUUCAUUUCUUUUCAUUAUUUUGUCACAUGCUGCAGUUGCCUUGGCCUGCUGGCCUCCAAGCCUUCCAUUAGUCGUAUUUUGUUAAUGUUUAAUCUCGUUAAGCCAUCUGUCAACGAUCUCUCGAAAUUACACAGUGAAGCACUGAAUAGGCUCUUCAAUCCAUUCUCUUAAAUUAAAUCACGGUUAUUACCAUCUAUCAAUAUAUUUGAUUAUUUCAUAUGGUGAGCUAUCGCUUCCCGAGCCGAGUGUGAACGCAAAAGGACUAUGAUUUUAUUUUUACCGGCUCGUUGAUGCAUCAACGCAUGCGUUUGAGUCUAUUUACACAAGUCAGUCGUCAAUCAAGAAUUCUUUUCAACGCAAUAGUACCGAAGAUAAGAGUGAAAAUAGCGCCGUGGUCAAGUGCGGUUGCAGGUAGCAAGUUUACGUGAAUCCAAGACAAUACGAAGAGGAAAUGAUUUAUCUAAACAGGGCAACUAUUGGGCAUGAUUUUAGGGCUUGAUCAUAGAAAUAUUUCCGUCAAUCUGACAAGAUGUGAAGAGACUAUAUACACAGCGUCCCGUCUUUGAACGCUGUCGUCUUCAAAGACCGGACAUUACUAAUGGAUAACAUUUUGUAGUUAAAGCAUGAGUGAUCUAAAAGUCUGGGUCGAUGGAAAAGAAAGAGUUAUUCGAGGUGUGAGCCAGAAUACUACUUGUGAAAGUGUUGUGCUCGUUCUAGCUAAAGCGGCCGGAAAAUCAGGCAAAGUUGCCUUGUUAGAAAAGUGGGGAGAUUUUGAACGGAUUUUACCGCGAAAUGAGAACCCAUUAAAGUGUUUAGAAGCAUGGGGGACUCGAAAGAAAGAUGUACGUCUCGUUCUUGAAGAAGAUGAUUCACAAGAGAAAACAAUAGACUUGUCUAAAAGCUUUAUUAAGUUAACUACCGAUAAUAAGUAUGACCUUAUAAAAAGAUCUGUUGAUUGCGGAUCCCUGGAGAAUUUCACAGCACUUCAGCAAAGAAAAUUAAAGACUUUGUCGCGUGCCCUGGAAAUUCUCGAUUUUCAGCUCAGUUGUUGGGACGACAACGAUGAAAAAUUUCUCUACUUAACAGAGGAAGAAAUUAUCGAAGAUUUCUCUCUGAAACUAAGCCAGACUGUCAAACUUCAAGCGAAGGAGUUGAACGAGUUACACACUUUACAGACAGAGCUAAAUGAGCUUCAACACUCUCACGAGAACUCGACCUCAAAGUUUGAGUCGUUCUCUGAGAAAUUUUCACAAUUUGAGUCGGAAAUUGCAGAUACAUACAAUGUGGUUGAGAAACUUUUAAUACGGAUUGAGAAUUGUGAAGGUGAUGGAGAAGGGACCUCGGUGGAUGUGAGUUCUGACCUGCAGAACGAGAUACGAGUCCUUCAACUUGAGCUUCAUGAACAACAACGUCUGUCUGUCAAACAGGAUAAAGAACUCAAGGCUAUCCAAAGCUCUGUAUCCGAGUUGACCAAAGCUUUCCAGCUCAAAACUAAUCAAAUCGAACAGCUUAGAAACGAAAUAACAUCUGAAGAAGUCUUUUACGACUUAGACGAGCAUUUUCGACCUCUGAGCCCUGAAGAGGAGCCAUUUCUUUAUGAGCAGUGUUUAUCGAGUGACAGCGUUGAUAACAAAAUGUCUAGUGAUGUAGAUACUGAAAAUAUAACUAAAGAUUUUCCAGAAGUUAAGACUUCAGGGUCAAAUGGAAGCAAUAUCGAUGAUGAAUCUGACAUAGGUUUACCAAGAAGGUCUUCCUCUGGGAGUCCUGAAGAAUUUUUCAAAAACUGGAGUACUUCUACGAGACUUGCAAAUUCACCAUUGAAUUAUUUUCCUUCGGUGAAUGGGGUGAAAGCAAGUCAAUCUAAUCCUCCAAAAUUGUCUUCAAUAUCUAAAAUCGAGUCACAGACCUCAGAAAGAAAACGGGAAAAUGGGAUAAAUGAGAGUGAAAAUGUUAAUGGGAAAAUAUCGCUUCCGCUUUUUGACGGUGCAAGUAGAAUUCCCAUUGAGAAUUCUGUUGAUGUCUUUGAUGCAACAGAAACCAUAUCUUCAAAAACUGAUAAACAGUUUGGUAAGACUUCUACCACUGGCAAAGAAAUUUUUCCGUUAUCUAGAAUUAAAAAUAAAGAUUUUCCAGAAGGGACAAAAUCUGCAACACUGUUAACCCAGAAACCAUCUUCUUUAUCCCUUAAAACUGUCCAGGAUACAAAUGCCAAAUCUGCAAGUCAUUUUCCAAAAGCAAGUUCAACAAUAGAAACUAAAUUGCAUAAAGAAACAAGAAAAAAUUCAACAGAUGACAUCUUAUCUGUGCUUUCUAUGGAAAAGGACAAAACACAGCAUGAUAUUUCAAAAAUUUCAUCUAAACACCAAACUAAUCCCAAACCUUUUAAAAAUAGCCCUCCUAUUUUAGGACUUCCAAAUUUUGCAAAAUCAUCAACUUUGAAUAAAUUGGAUAAAGCAAAUCCUAAAUUCAAUUCUGAAGAUCGAGGGCAAACUGAGAAGCUGCCUCCUCCAACGUUUCCAAAACCAUGGAGAAAAUCUUCCACAGGGUCUCAAGGAACUGCAAGAACUGUGACAACAAAGCCUUUCCCAGAUAAAGCAUAUCUUUUACCUCCCACUGCUAAGUACAAAGGAAAUAACCACAGAAACGAGAAGCCAUUGAGUCGUGGUGAUUUAUGUGAAGAAGGAGUAUUUGUUUAGCAAAUUAAUGCUUGUCCCAUAUUUCAUAUUUGUGAAAGAACUUAGCUAUCACCUACUACUCUGAAGUCAAAAAUAAGUUCACCACAGAAAGGAGAAAACACUGAGCCUUGAUGACUUUUGUGAAGGAGGAUUAUUCAUUUAGCAGCAGAUUUCUACUCGUUUUUGCCAAGAUUUCUAUCCAUUCAAGCUAAACAGUGACUUCAUGUCCUGCUGUGAAUUCACAAAAGAACUCACUCCACAAUAGCAAGACCAAUGAACCAUGGUGACUUUGGUGAGAAAGGGGUGCAUGCUUAAUGGAUUCCCCUGUGGUGCUUUGUAAUAUUCACAAUUGUUGAAUGACCACAGUGAAAGAGAUAUAUUUAUUGCAACCUACUGCUGUAUUCUUUUAGCGUUUUGCCAGGGUGAGUGAAAUAAUAAUAUAUUUAUAUAGAGAUCUUUCCUUGGGAGUUAUUUCUUCCCUUUUCAGACAAAAAUAACUGUAAGAAAUGUAGAUUGUUUCUUCAAGCUAAUUUUAUUUUGGCGAAAAAAUUUAAGCUCCAGGUGGGAAUUAAUUCAAAGGCAUGACCUUCUGUUUGACAGUCAGAUUAGAUUUUUUUCCUAGAAAAAUUAGCUUGAAGAAGCAUGAUUUACAUUUGUUAUGAUUUACCAAGUACAACAUGAAAACAGAGUUUUUCAUAUGUAAGAGAGGUUGGUCAGUCCAGAACAAAAGUUAUUCAAAUAUUCACCAUAUUUUGACUCAUGGGUGUAUAAUAAUGAUAAG